AUGACAGGCCAUCUUAAAUUGCGUGAUAUUAAUUUUAUAACAAAUUCUUGCCCAAACGUUAUAUCCCCUUGUUUUACUUAUAUCUUUGAUAAAAGCUAUAAAGUACCGAAAGCAAGCGUAUACAUACUUUUAAGCUACCCUGAUUUUUUUACAAGAUUAAAAGAUUAUUCAACUUUUUUUGAGCUGCAAUGUGAACAUUUUUUAAUGACUUAUGAUUCUUUUCUAUCUGAAUGUAUGGUAGGGACAAGUAUAUAUACGACAGAUUACGGUAUAGAAAUACAUUUUUGCGGUAUAUCUACUAGAAUUAGUGAUGUUUGUACACUUUAUAUUAAUUUUAUAUUUAAUAACCAAGACGAAAGCAGGUAUCAUUUAGUAUAUUUACAAAUUGAAAAAAA